AGAAGCUAAGACAGGGCAUAGCUAGGACAAAUGGAGGGUGGUAAUCUGAUGCAAAAAUUCUUGCCAUUCCUGCUACUGUUCUGCCUUUGCAAUUCAGGAAAUGCACAGAACUGCAAGCUGACAGACCUCACCGUCACUCAGACCGCAGUGCCGUCGAGCGUCAAAGCAGGCUACAUGAAUUACACGGUAGCUGUGGAGAACCAGUGCAUCUGCACGCAGACAAACGUCAAGCUGUCCUGCCGCGGAUUCAGCUCCUCCAUGGGUGUCGACCCGGACGUGCUCAGCGUGGACAGCGACGGCCAGUGCUGUACUCUCAAAAGCGGCAGCCCCAUCGGCAUGGGUCCCAGCUAUGCCGUCAAGUUCUCCUACUAUUCGAUAUCCCAGAUCAGCUUGCGGCCCGUGUCAUCCACAAUCUCCUGCUCCUAGUUUGAGCCCUGGACGUUACAGCUUUAAUUAUUGUUAGGGGGCCGUUUGGUUCCCUAGAAUUGAAUCAGUUUCCAUGAAUCAGAUUCUAGGAAUUGAUAUGUCCAGAAUUGAAUCAGCUGGAAACUGUUUCGUUUCCAUUAUUCUUGGCUGGUUGCAAAACAAAAUUGUA